GGGAAUGAGAUUUUGGGGAUUGAAAUGUGAGAACGAGAUUGAGAAUAAAUUGUUGGGAAUAUAUAAAAAUAUGGCAAUACUUUGUGGCAAAUGAGAAUAGGUAGGGAAUAAAUAAUAAAAAUACAAAAUUGCCCUUACUAAUCUUACUCCUCCCUUCUUUUCAUUAUUGGCAAAAAUGAUUUUCUUCUUAUUCCCAUUCCCAUCCAUUUAUUACCUACUCUCCUUGGAUAAUAAAAUGAUGGGAAUUCACACCAUUUAUUCCAAAUUCCAUUCCUUCUUUAUUCCCAAUUACAUCUAACAAACAAGAGAAUUUUUUUGAAUUGUGAUUAAAAUUCCUAUUCCCCAUCCUUAAUUCCCAUGUACCAAACACCCCGUAAGGAGUACCAAACCCUCUCUCUCUAACAAGGAGCUUCUCUCUCUAGAUGAAUACUAGAGCCUAUCACCCCAGCCACCAUUAAUCACCGACAACCGCUUUCUUCCACCACUCAACAAUUAAAAUCAAUCAAACCAAGUUUUCAUAGUUUUUACAACUAUUCGGUCGGAAACCCCAAUUUUCUUGAACGAAUUGGGGGUGCUCAAUUCGCUGUUCUUCCCUCUGUGUUCAUUUCGCUGCCGCUUCUUGAUAUUCACCGGCGGCUCUACAAGUUCAUCGGUGACACUACCGUAUAACCGGCGACGGCUUUUCCAUAGUCAAUUUCAGUACUCCAUCAGAUUAAAGCUUAGUAUUGCUUUUUAAUUCAGUGGGUUUUUUCGUAAUCAUAUGCUCUGUAAUUCGAGGAUUUCACUUUCUUAGCUCUGCUUGUUACCCCUAGUUUUUCGAUUGCGCUUUCCUUGGUUUUCUCUUUCCCCUCUUUCAAUUGAAAUGACUUCACCUCAAUAUUCUGAUUAUCCAAGCCGGAAACAGUCUUGUUACAAACCCCACUACUCCAAUUUCCAUCGUCAUCUAGUGCUCGGGAAGUUUGUAGACUAUCGUCAUUUUUCCGAACAUCGAAUACAAGAUUGGGUGUCAAAUCAGUGGAUAAAAUUUGGGGAAAUUACAGUUCAGAAGUUCAAUAAUAUUUUUCUGUUUCUAUGUGAAGAUGCCCGUGACAGAGACGCUAUGUUGGAGCAGGGAGCUUCCGCGUACCAAGCGGCUCUUCUAGUUUUCAAACCUUGGACUUCAGGUAACUCAAUCAGGGAUAUAAGUUUCAAGAAGGCUGCUAUUUGGGUACAACUUAAUGAGGUACCUCUGAACUUAUGCGAGAUAGAUGUUGUUAGACCAAUGCUUUCUAUGGCUGGGAAAAUUCCGUGUGUUGACAAACCCCUUCCAGGUUCAAUUAGAUGCUUGCUUAGAGUAAAGCUCCAAAAUAAUGUUUUCGAACUGUAUUACCAGAUUUGGAGGCAUAUCCCGAUAUUAUUUAGCCACUACGAGCAUUGGAUGUGGAGAGCAUUCAUAUGACCAUCUUUCGUAGCCCAAGACUAAAUAUUCCGGUGACUAAGGACUUGGUUUGUGGAAUUGGUCCAAGCAAUGGAUCGAGGAAGAAGAAAGAAUUGGGUUGUAGCCUAAAGGAAGAGAAGAUAAGGAUCCGAUCUAGAGAAGACCAAGCUCGAUUGGGCGGCUCAUUGCUCGAUCAGCCGGAUGCUCAGCAGACAAGGGAGAAGCAAAAAGGCGCGCCCGAUCGGGCAGCCUUAUGUCCGAUCGGGCGCGUGGUUUUCUGAGGAGAGAUAGAAGUGUUAAUUCUCUCUUUUGUUAAGCUUAGUAUUUAAACACUUUUAGAAGCUUUUAUUAGGGGCGUUUUUUAGAUUGUGGUUUCAUCAUUAUGUUUUUAGAGAGAUUUUAAGUUGGAGAUUAUUGUUGAACUCAAGAUUUCCCUUUUAGUGCAAUUUUCAUAUUUCCUUCA